AUGGACGCGCUACAAUCCUACCUUCCUCAAUCAGAGGGCUUGCUACCCAAAUGGCUUCUAAUUGUCUCCCUAAUCUCCAUCGGCAACAGCAUCCAAUGCUACGCUACACUUUCCUUCACCUCGCGGGUGUACAACCCUACUCCGAUUGACCCACCGCCUACCACGCCAAAACACGUAACCGCUCUCUCUUCGCGCACAUUUGGAACAUGGACUUUCUUGACGGGCAUGGUACGUUUUUACGCUGCCUACAACAUCAACAACCCCAGUUUCUACCAAUUGGCUAUCUUCACCUAUGCCAUAGCGUGGGCACACUUUAUGAGUGAAUGGUUCGUGUUUGGGACCACAAGAUGGGGAAAGCCGUUGGCAGGACCAGUAAUGGUGGCGACUUCGAGUUUGAUUUGGAUGUUCAUGCAGUGGGAUUUCUACGUCAACGCGUAG